AUUAAUCACAACUUCACAAGUAUCACUGCAGCUAGAGCUAGCUGAUCAAGAUUCAAGAGAUCAAGGUGAUCGAUCGAUCGAUCAUGGCCGCCGCCGCCGCAUUCUCUCAGCAACCACACGGCCGCCUGCUAGUCCUGCUGCUCUUCUGCUGCCUCGUCGGCGCCGCCACCUCGGGCUCCACGAUGCAAUGCCACGACGAGGACCAGGCGGCGCUGCUGGCCAUCAACGACGCGCUGGGCAGCCCCCAACACUUCACGUCGUGGACGCCCGACACCUUCUGCUGCGACUGGUACGACGUCGACUGCGACAACGCCACGGGCCGCGUCGCCGGCCUCACCGUCAUCGGGGACGGCAACGUCACGGCCGCCAUCCCGGACGCCAUCGCCAACCUCACCAGCCUCCGCACCCUAGUCAUGCGCCACCUCCAGGGCCUCACCGGCGUCAUCCCGGAGUCGCUCGCCCAGCUCUCCGGCCUCUCCCAGCUCACCAUCUCCUACACCGGCGUCUCCGGCCCCGUGCCGGCGUUCCUCUCCCAGCUCACCGAGCUCACGCUCCUCGACCUCUCCUUCAACGCCCUCACCGGCUCCAUCCCGGCGUCGCUCGCCGACCUCCCCGCGCUCGCCAGCAUCGACCUCAGCCGCAACCGACUCGAGGGCCCCGUCCCGGCGCUGCUCCUCAGCAAGUGCGCCGGCGAGGCCGAGCUCUGGCUCUCGCACAACAACCUCUCCGGCGCCAUCCCCGCCGGCUUCGCGGCCGUCAACUUCACGCACCUCGACCUCUCGCGCAACUCCCUCUCCGGCGACGCCUCCCCCGUCCUCGGCCGGGGGAAGCCGCUGCAGCACCUUGACCUGUCCCGCAACGACUUCCGAUUCAGCCUCACGGCCGUGGAGAUGCCGGAGGGGCUCACCUACUUGGACCUUAGCCACAACGCCAUCCGCGGCCGAGUCCCGGCGCAGGUCGCCGACCUCGCCGGCCUCCAGCUCUUCAACGUCAGCUACAACAAGCUCUGCAACGUGCUGCCCACCGGCGGGGUCAUGGCGAAGUUCGACGCCUACAGCUACCAGCACAACAAGUGCCUCUGCGGAUCCCCGCUCCCGGCCUGCCACCGUCGUUACUUGCUCUGAAUCUCGCAUUCUGGAGCGAUUCUAGCUCCACAACCCAUGCAUACAUCCAUGAGAGCGAGGAGGAAGGCUAAUAGGCUCAUUAAGCUAAUAAUUCCAAGUUCAACUCACACAUGAGAAGAAGAGCGAAGUGAAUUAAAUUAAGAUAUGAAUGGUAUAUAUGCAUGUUAUGUAAUCCUGAAAUGAACAACAUCAACUAGUAUGGUUAGUUCUUCAUCCCAACAUCGAGAGCUAACUAAAGAAAAAACAACAUGUACUGUAUAGUAAUGGCUGUGUGUUUUGGGUUUGUAUUACCUAGCUAGAGACAGAUUAAGCUCAAUGCAUAAUGUACGCGUGUCUCUCCUUAAUUUGAAGUGCCAAUAUAUACACUGUUGCUUGACAA